AUGGAUGAUAGAGACAGAGGUCAAGCAUCAACAGCAGCAGCAGCAGCGGCAACAACGGCAGGAGCGGGAGCAGUAGCAGCAAAAAUGAAAUUUAGUAAGCGACAGGUACGGCCCAGUGAAUCAGCCAGCAUAGCAGCACCUCCGGAAGCAAAAAUUUUCAGGAGGGCACUAGGCAAGCCAGCCAGUAUGCCGAUACAGCCGUCGGCUAUUUUUGUUGAUAAGAAGCGUCGCGAGAGAUCAGCAAGUAAAGAAGCACGAACAAAAGAGCUCGCAGCGCUGGCAUCACAAGCAGCAACUCUCAACAUUGCUAGCUCAUCAGAUUCCAUGAAAAAAUGGACGGCGCUGGAUGAUGUUGCGCUCAUAACAGCCGUAGCAUGGGUAAACGUAUUGCCUGUUUUCACCUGCCCCCAUCAGUUUCUCUGA